GAAAAACAUGACUCAAAACAGUUAAAAUCAGGAACGUCAAAGUUGUCAGUGUAUUUGAACUACUGCACUCUAAUUGGUCGUAGGACUUGACAACAUGUUAUACCAUUGGCUAGACUAUAUUUUACUUUCACCAAUCAUUGGUUAUCUACGUGGAAGUUGUCAGAUUCGUGAAGAAAAGUUGGGUUUUCUCUCGAAGAAAUAAUAAGAAUAUUGUAAAAAAUGGGUCCACACCGAAGAAACGUUGACGAUGUACUAGCCAGAAUCAAUUUUCCUUUGUUUACCCUUCAAAUGCUCACAAAUAGGCACGUAUUAGUUGGCGGCGGUGGUGGAUCAUCCAAAACUGGUGUUGCUAAUGGAUUUGAAAUCUUUGAACUAUCACAUGAUGGCAAGAAAUUCCAUGUUGAAGAAGUCACAAGACAUGAAACGGGCCCUAACGUAGUAAUGAACUGUGCAGUAUCAAAAACGGUCGACGGAAAACACACUUACCUUGUAGCUGGUCAAGAAAGUCAUUGCCAACUCUACAAGGUCAAUACUGAACUUGUAACCUUAGAAAAUGGUAACAUAGAAACUAUAGGCCAUAAUCAUUCAGAUGAUAAAUCUGAACUUCGAGAAAGAAAGCCAAAGGCGAAACAAAAAAAUGACGCCAAGAAAACUGUUAAAAAAAGACUAAAGUUUGUGUUAAGUCCAUCAGAAAGUGUUCAGACAGAUUUUAAUGGUACCGAGCCCUUAUGUAGGGUACUUAGAAUUCACCCUAAUGGUAAAAUAAUGGCUACAGGUGGUACAGAUGGUGAUGUAAGAAUUUGGAAAUUUCCCAAUUUGCAACCCUUAGCAAAACUCAAAGGACAUAGCAAAGAAAUUGAUGAUAUUGAUUUUAGUACCUUUGGCAAUUAUUUAAUAACUGUGGCAAAAGAUGGUUUAGCAAUACUCUGGGACUGUGUGAAGGGUACGGAAAUUAAGAGGCUCACAUGGCAGCAGCCUAAGGGGUCAAAAUAUUUGUAUAAAAGAUGUAGGUUUGCUCCUAUAGAAAAAGAACAUAAAUCAGCACUUUACAUGUUAACCAACCCAACUGGGGUAGCCAAAAAACAAAAGUCAUAUUUGCAGCAAUGGUUUCCUGAGCAUGGUGUAAUUAAAAGGUCGGCAGAGUUUGACGAGUCUGUAUCUGCCUUGGCUGUGAGAGAUGAUGGGAGAUUUGUGGCUGUAGGCACAAUGUUCAGCGGGUCUGUAGCAAUUUAUGCUUCAUUUAGCUUACAGCGUAUAUUAAACAUCCCUGGGGCACAUUCCAUGUUUGUAACCGGAUUAGAAUUUUUACCAGUGGCCAACCAAGAAAAUCACACUGUUUGUAGCGUGGCAGAGGCUGCUGUUUUGUCUAUAUCGGUCGACAAUCAAGUUUGCAUUCACACAUUACCUUAUAGAAAAACUAUUCCUUUAUGGUUAGCAAUAGUAAUUCUUAUGUUUACAAUGUUUUUGACAUUUUUAUUUUGUUCAUAUAUAGAUAUAUAAGUAAUUUAUUGAUUGAUUUUUUAUGGAAGGUAAUGUGAAAUGAAUCAUAUACGCAAUGCUUUUCGACAUUAAAUUCUUCAUUUGUAAUUGGUAGCGAAAUUUGAAAAAUAUUUCAAUAAUUGAUGAAAUACAGUAAAGUAUUGUGUUAUAUUUACAUUUUCGGAGGUUGAAAGGCCGAAUCCAUUUUAAAUAAAAAACUAUUAAAAUUGUUAUAACAUAA